CCGCAGGCAGCCCCGAUGGCCAAGCAGCCCCCCGAGGUGAAGGCGCGACGCGACGGCGAGGGCGGGCGGCUGCCGGCGGCGGAGGGGCCGGGCCCGGGCGCGCAGCUGCGCCCCGGCGCUCCCGCCGCCCUGCCCGGGGCCGGCGCGGUGUCCGCGGCGCGGGGCCCGCCCGCCAGCCCCGGCCCCUUCGCCACCCGCUCGCCGCUCUUCAUCUUCGUGCGGAGGUCGCCGCUGCUGCCGCGCUCCUCCAGCGGGUACUUCUCGUUCGAAGCCGAGCGCAGCCCCGCGCCCCUGGGCUGCGACAAGGCCACGCAGACCCCCAGCCCGCCCUGCCAGGCGCUCAGCCACUGCCUCAGCGCCAUGGCUUCCCGGUGGCAAUCCCACUCUCCAGCCGAGGAGGUGCAGCCGGAGAUCUGGAUCGCGCAGGAGCUGCGGCGCAUCGGUGACGAGUUCAAUGCCUCCUAUUGUCCACGCAGGGGUUUCUUGGAUCACCAGCUGGGGAACCCCCAGGUCAUGAUCCUGCGCCUGCUGCGUUACAUCAUCAGCCGCAUCUGGAGGCUCCAGUGAGAGCGCCUGGUGCAUCCCGAGCUGCCAGGACUGAAUUCCUCGCUGGGAAAGCCCGGGAAGGAAGGACUCAUGGAUGGAUGUGGGGCUCCCACCCUGCCUCUCCCCCAGGACACGUGGCAGGAUGAGGGUGGACAUCCCAUUCUGAGCGCGGCGUUUUUAUGGCAGAGUGGUGUUUACUCGCUGUUUCUCUCCACUCUUUUUAUUCAUUUUUUUGCCUUUUUUUUCCCCCCAAAAGAGUCUCAGCGAAAAUGUGGAAUCGUGUUUUGUCAUCGCUCCUGGAAUUCUGUGGCAUGAGCCCCAUGGCAGGAAUGAGGGAAACCUGAGCCAGCUGAUGGGCAGAGCCCUCGGAGUUUGCCUUGCAGAGGCUCGGAUUCCUCCCCUCUCCCUUUGCCUCCCAAAAAAGGCUGGAAAAAAAGGGCAGAGGGAUUUAAUAUCAGCACUUCUUUUACCUGUAAAUACCUAAUGCUAUCCCAAAUCCAACUUCAUUUGCAUAAUGCAAAUCAGCCUAUUUCCUGCUGACUGAUUUUUUUAAUUUUUUUUUUUUAUAUAUCUCUAUUUUUUUGAUCCACUCUGAAUUUCAAGACUUUGCUGUCGAACUCCAGGGUCCAAACCAUCACAACCAACCAACCAACCAACCAAACCCCAAGCCACCAGGUUGCCUUUUUUUAAAAAGAAAUUCUUUCUAUAAAACGUGUGAAAACUCUUCUGUAGUGUCUGCUAUCAGAUGUGGGGGACUGAGUAAUCCAGCAAUAAACCCUUCCGGAGGCAGGGAGCAGCUCCCGGAACGCCGCAGCCGGAGGCGACGGCAGCAGGACCUGUUGGGAGUCGUGGCUGUCAAAAGAGGUGUCCAAGAUUGUGUUUUCCUGGGAUCCUCUCCGUGUUUGGACGGGGAUGAGCCCCCAGAUGCAGAUGGAAGGAUGCCAGCCCGACAUGGAUCUAUCCAGGACUUUCCAAGGGGAUCUGACUGCUCUGUGUCCUCCCAGAGAAGUUCCCAGGUGCUCCAUGUCCCAGGGCCUCUCCCCUUUCCCCCCUGGAGCCAUGGAUCUGUGGGUGUUCCCCUUCCCAGCAGAGGCUUUCCCCCCUGGAGCCCCUGGCUUUCCCCUGGAGCCAUGGAUCUGUGGGUGUUCCCCUUCCCAGCAGAUGUUUUUGGGGGAUUGGCUGCUCCAGCCAUCCCAUAUCUAUGCACAAACAUCCCCUUCCCUCAGGCUGGUGCAGGUGCUCCCUAAAAGCUGUGGGCUUGUUUCUGGUCUCACCAGCAGCAUAGGAAAAGACAAGAAGGAAAAGCCCAUCUCAAGCCCCCCCCCCUUGGAGCGGUUCUUCCCACAGGGAGAAGCUGCUGAGUGCCAUGGAUGAUAAUUAGUGUUAAUUAACGAUGGACAGACCCCAGUGGGAGCUCUCUGCCUGGUGGGGCGGGGCCUCCCCUCCUGCUCCUGGAGGAUCAUGGAGCUGGUUUUAACCUCGAUUGCCAAUUUUAUUCCCUUUUUUUCCUUGGAAGUGCAAGGUGAGCAGCGGUUGCAGGAGCAGGGGGUGUUUUGGGAAGGGCAUUUUGGAGCCCUUUGGGGAGAAACUUUGCACUGGUGGAGAGCGAGCGGUUCAAAUAUCGAGGGGGCUUGGCCAGGGCAGAUCCUGCUCCUCAUCCCUUGGGAUUUACCUCUGGCUUUGGCUCUCCGUGGCUUUGCUGCCCCAGCCAGACCUACCACCAGGGAUUUCCCAUGGAAUUCCACUGGUAAAAUUAAAAUUAAAAGGAUAAAACUCGGCAGCAGAGAGAGGGAGACCCAGUGAGAUUUUUUUUUUUUUCCUCCCAGUUGAGUUCCAUCGUUGCUGGUGGAUGAAAUGGUGCUUUGGGAUCUCCCAGCUUUGGGCAUCCCAGAAUGUGUCCCUUGGAGUACACCAAAGAAUCACCAAAGAGCACUUUACCCUGUCCUCCCAUGGAGACAAAAAACAGAUUCAUUUUAAGGAAAAAAAAAAUUGGCAAAAUCUCCCAGGGCCUUCUCUACAGGAGGAGUUCCCAGCCAAAAAUCAUAGGAAAAGGAACCCUCAAAAAAUAGGAUUCCUGUGGCAUUGUGAGGUUUAGUGAGAAAAAGCCCCCAAAAAAGCCUCAAAACAGUAGAAUGAUAUAAAAUAGGGAUUUUUGCUCCUUUCAGCCACGUUGGCUGCCUGCUCUGGGUCGUGUUUAAGUGUAGCCUGUGCUCUGUGUUGCACCAAAAGGAUGAAGAGUUUUCCUUGGAAACCAGAUUGUUCCUGUUCUUGCUUCUUCUCUUUUGCACCAAACUGUAAAUACUCAAAUAUUUAUUAGAGUAGAGUACCGUAUUAUUUUCAUCAUCUGAGCCAAAUAUCUGUGUGCAAUGUACUCCUUCUCCUUUCUCUCCUGUAAGUUUUGUACAGCUUAGAAAUACUUUUAAAAAACCUAAAAAAAUUUUUUUAAAAAGUUCCUGGUUUUUUCCUACACUUUUUUAGAGUGGAAUUGGUAAAUACUGUAGGUCCUUUUUUUUUGUUUUUUUUUUUUUCUUUUUUUUCCCUGUGUAAUUAAUGCACUCUACUGUUUAAUGCUGUAACUUGUAGAAAUGUUGUAUAUUUAUUUCCUGCUUAUUUAAGUUCCUGUGAAGAUUCGGUUUCCUCCCUGCCAGAAGUGUUGGAUCCCCUUCCAAAGCCAUCGUGGUGUGGAUAACAAGAUUUUAAUCUUAUUUUUCUCCAAGUGCCUAAGUCUCCACUUCCCAGGAGUGAUGUAGGCACAUCAAAGACUUCAGCAUUAGUGAAAUUCAGUGGGAAUUUGGAAUUUGGUUCCUCCACCCCCCGGGAUUGCUUCAGCCAGGUUUUCCUGGAGCAGUCAUCCCAUGGGAUCACGUGAAUCACUAAAUCGUGUCGCAGGACCCAGCUAAUGUAGCAUUUUUGACUGCAAUUUCCCUGCCUUCCUUGUGUUUUGCACUGAUGAAUUUUGGACAGGGUAAUUGCCACUUUACUUGUGCAAUACUGCUGUAAAUAAUUGCAAGAGCCUUGUUUUUUGGGGGUUGUUUUUUGGUUUUGUUUUUAAGAAUCUUUUAUGUUCUUUAAUAUGAGUUUUAUAUGAAUAAAAACUUCCAACUGUU